AUUGUUUACACUUUCAGUUUUGCAUUACAUAAAAAUUCUUAUUGGUCACUAUUUUUUCAAUUAACUGCUUUACUGUGAUAAACAUUUGCGAAGCAGAACAAACAUAAAUCUUUUAGUUGCUUAGCGGCGAGUGGAUGUUUAAGUAAUUGUUUUUUAUUUUGUUAAACUGAAGGCCACGUGGAAAUAUAGACGUUGCUGUGCUCUACAUUCGGAUAAAAACAACAACAUGGUAACUAUUUUAUAUAUGCCAUGAAUACAUGAACAUACCUUUGAAUUUGGCACCCACUUGGAUGCAGCUUUUAAGGAGAGGUUUACGCCUUCACUGUGAGUAGUAUAAACAGAGCAAUUACCGUCAGGGAUAACAUUGCCAUGGGCUUUUGAAAAAAGUUGGCUCCUAGGCCAACAUUCGAUCGACUUUAACGGAAUUUCCAACGAAAUAAGUUCAUUGCGUAAAAAUUUGUGCUACAAAGAAGCAAUAUGUCCAAUUUUAACGUAAUUAUACAUGUUAAUUAGGAAAAAGGUUCCAUAACGUAAAUAAAAAAGAAUACUAACAUAUACAUAUAUACAUACGUAUGUACAUACAUAUGUAUAUAUUUAGUCGUUGGUUCAAAAUUACUACUGUCCUCUACAGAUUAAAAAUUGCCCUUUUGGUGAGAAAACCGGUUGAAUUUCUGUAGGCAAUUUAUGCUUGCACAACAUGCUGGACUAGUGAUACUAAAAACAAUUUGUUUUUGACACAAUACUUGGAGUAAAUAAUGUUGACGUAGGUUUUAGUUGCAAAACCUGAUUUCAGUGUACCAAAUUCUACGCAAGUUCAUUUUUAGUAGCUUGUGACACCUUAAGAGGCUUUAACUUCAUUAACCUAACAAACAUCUGCUGUGUUGGCAACUUAGAAGAAUUAGUAAGAGAAGGCAUCAAUUUUUUGUGUUUGCGGAAGUUGUCUCAAUUGCGUAUGAGAUAAGAUGGUUCGCUGCAGUGAGCAAGAAACUUACCUUUAUGACCCAAACAUUUUGCUGAAACUAAACUUCCAUCAAAGUCCGGCCAAAUUCGAACCAUUCAUAUCAGCCGCAUAUCCAGGUGAAAAUUGGCUUAAGGUACGACCACUUAAAGAUGGUGACUACGACCGUGGAUUUCUGCAACUGCUUUCACAACUGACCGAUGUAGGUCAUGUAACUCGGACACAAUUUUUAACAAGGUUCUCCCAGAUGAAAGCCAGUGGCGAUUACUACGUUACAGUGAUCGAGGAUACCCGAAAAAAUGAAAUUAUCGGGGCAGCUUCUUUAAUUAUCGAACGGAAAUUCAUACACAAUUGUGCAAUUCGUGGACGUUUGGAGGACGUUGUUGUUAAUGACAAUUACCGCGGCAAGCAAUUGGGUAAACUUAUUGUGGUAACUGUUAGUCUAUUGGCUCAACACAUCGGCUGUUAUAAAAUGUCGCUAGACUGCAAGGACAAGCUAAUUAAAUUCUACGAGUCUCUUGGCUAUGCUCUAAUUCCCGGAAAUGCUAAUUCCAUGACAAUACGCUACGAUGAGGAACCGUUUGCAGUGCGACAUAACAAUACUAUGUUAGAUGCUACCGAUGCUAACGCCGUCAACCAAACUGUGAGCCUCGAUUUUUCUUCUUGACAAUUAGCCACCAGUACCGCUCUUAAAUCGAAAUUGUAAUUACUUACAACAUUUAGUAUAAAAGAAAAAUAUUGAGAAAACUGUUGUAACAUCAUUAAACAUAGUGAUUCUUAAUAAUAGCCGAAAAUAAAGUAUGAUUGGGGAUUAGAAAAAGCUAUCCUAAAUUGAAACGAAUCAAAUUGUAAAUAACUUCAAAUACUAAUUGUUUUCGGCUAUCCAUUAAUAUGGACAUAUGUGUUUCACAGUUAACAUUUUCUUUUUUGUUGUAAGCUUUAAAAAUUUCUAAUUUAUUGCAAAGCGCUCCGGAGAUGAGGGGAACAUUGUAAGCAUUUUUGAAGCGCUUUGAUAGCGGUGCUGGUAGGCGGUGGUGCCUUGCAACUGAUGUUUUAUGCAUACUUAUACAAAUAGUAGCAUCAGAAAAGGCAUACAUUAGAAUAGUAGUUUUUUUAAUUGUUUUAAAUUUUAUUUACGUUAAUGUGUACAUUGUUUGUACAUUUAGUUUAACCAUAUGAUUUGGUUUUAAUUUUUACUUGCAAACAUGGCUGAAAUUGAAAGGUAGUGGUUAUAUUACCAUUUAAAAGUACGUUUAUAAAAUAGGUAGUGUAACCAGUGAACGGCUAAGGAGUUUCAGUUAGCUAUUGUUGAAAUGUUGGCAUAUACAUAUACAUAUAUGAAUACGAAAUUAUAAAUUAAAAAUUCGGUA